ACUUCCCGGCUCCCUUGGAGGCAGCACGGGUGUAUCUGCACCCUCUGGUGGGCUACACAGAAAAUGUUUUUGACCAACAGUAACUUUCCACUUCAUUUGCUGAGACAAGUCACAUCCUCAUCUCUAGCUUAUUUGACAUACCUGUAAUAACUGUUUUCAGCCACUGUAACAUUAUGGCUGCACCCAAAAUUAUUUUCUGAGAUGGUUUUUUGUCUAUCAUAACUCCUGAACUAUACAAGAAGUUGAUUGUGGCUCAGAGUUGUUUAAGAGGGCAUUACUUGGUGUGAGACAAAACCUUGCCAGAACUGUAACAGCCCAAGCAAUUCAAUUUCAUGAUCUGAGCACUGUUCUGACAGUGUUAAAUUUACUAAUAUUGACAUACUUUACAUGUAGGAAAAUCUCCCUUGUGCAGAUGGUAUAUUCCUCAGAGUCCUAAGGGUAAAUAUUACAGAAUAAUACUUCAGCACGAAAAAAUCAAUAAACAAUCUGUUUAGUGGGAGACCAUUUCCUGUCUCAUUGUUCAACUCUCAUCUAUUUGCUGCUGGAGGACACUUGCUGACUGAGAUGUAGAACUACAGGAAAAAGCAGAGCAGCCUUGUGAUUUUAGAGACUGAGUAAUGUUCUGGGAAAUACGAUUCUGCCACUGAUUCUACCUUGAAGCAGAUGCUGAGAAAGGCUUUUGUGAUGCUGAGAAAAGGUCACCUUCUUAAGAAAAGGAUACAGGUGAAAUUCCUGAAAUGGAGCUUGAAUGGAACUUCAGAGCUUCAGCUCCGAACAGGGAAAAUUCUAAUGCAGCCUCUGACUACUGGGGAAUUAUACCAUAGCAGAUGCUUCUUAUAACACAAGACAGCAAUACUUAAGACACUUAGAGACAAAUAUAGAGAAGAUAUCCAUUAGCAAUUAUAGAACAAAUAGAUUUUUACAGGACUGAGAGAGCUGAUCUGGUUCCACAAAGGAGAAUGCUUAAAGAAGGUUUUCAAGCCAAGUGUUCAUGAUAUGAUCCAGCUGGCUUACAGAGAUCAACAACCCAUUCGUGAAUAAUGGUUAAAAACGAAUCCCACCUGGACGCUUUGACGCUGUCAAUGCUGCAGAAUAAAACAGUCUCCAUCACCCUCCCAGUUGUGUAUACAGUGGUGGCUCUGGUCAGCAUCCCUGGCAACUUGUUCUCCCUUUGGGUGCUCUUUUGGCACAUCAAACCCAAAACACCUUCUGUUAUCUUCAUGAUCAACUUAAGCAUUACGGACCUUAUGCUGGCCAGCUGUUUCCCCUUCCAGAUUUCUUAUCACAUCCACAGCAAUCACUGGAGAUUUGGCAAGACUCUUUGCAGCCUUGUGACAGUGAUGUUCUACUCCAACAUGUAUUCUUCCAUACUGACCAUGACCUUGAUCAGCAUGGAGCGAUACAUGGGUGUGGUACACCCCUUGAAAUUGAUCAGGUGGAGAAGAAAAAGAUAUGCCUUGGCUGCCUGCCUAGCUAUGUGGAUUUUCUUGCUACUAGCCUUCUACCCACUAGAAACUACAGACUUGACCUAUGAAGUGAAAGAAUUAGGGAUUAUAACCUGUUUUGAUGUCCUAAAAUGGGAUAUGCUACCCAAUUUCGCAGCUUGGGUAGCCUUUCUCCUCACUUUAUUUGUUUUGCUGUUCCUGAUCCCUUUUGUUAUAACAGUUGGAUGCUACAUUGGUAUCAUUAGGAAGCUAAUUCAGACAUCAAGCAGAUAUGGUAAUAGGCAAAAGACUAGAUCCAUAUACCUGGCAGUAGUUGUCCUUCUGUCCUUCAUCACUUGCUUCGCCCCCAAUAACUUUAUCCUACUUGCACAUAUGAUUAGCCGCCUAUUUUACAGCAGCAGUUUGUACCCUGCCUACAAGCUCACCUUGUGCCUCAGUUGCUUCAACAACUGUAUAGAUCCCUUCAUUUAUUAUUUUGCAUCAAAGGAAUUUUACCAGAAAUUCAUGCAAGUGUUUCGCCCUAGGGUACUGCUCAGCGACAGCUUGGAAAACAGAAGGGAAAGUUUAUUCUCUGGCAGGACCAUGUCAGCCAGAUCAAUGUCAAGUGGACCUAUGGAUGGGUUAGAGGGAGUAAAUGUCAAUUUGCAAAGGCAGGAAAGUGUUUUUUAGCUUUAGAUAUUCCCAGAAGAAAGAUACGUGUGAAAUUUAUGAGUAGACACAGAAAACAUUUCCUUUUGAAUGGCCAUGCUCAAAAUACCUUGCUCCAGUGACAGAACUCAAGCUGUACGAAAAUUGCAUUUCAGCAUUUUCUGGUCAGAAAUGGAAGUAAUAAAGGAACUGAAUUUAUUCAAGAAGGCACUGAAGCAAAUCAAACACGGUUAGCCUGGAAAUAGCAGCCUUGAUGCUUAAGACCAAGGGAUAAGUUUAGAACAGUUACUCUCAGGUUGUAUGGUAGUUAACCAAAGACUUGUGAUUUUCAGUGAAUGUGAAAUAUUACUGUACAUGAAUUACAGCAUACACCAAAGCUGAUUUGGGAGUAAGGGAGUUGUUUUUCUAAGCAAUGUGCGAAGGUUUGUUUUGUUUUUGUUUUUUUUAAAAUCACAUUAUUUCUCUUUUGUUGUAUUUUUAUAAAAGAAAGAAUAAAAGUAGCAUGGCAUUUUACCAUUAAUGCAUAAUGCACAGCCACUGUGAAAUCACCACAACACUCACUCAACUGCUUGUCAGAGUCAAACCACACUGACACUUGAAAAGGUUAGGUUGACUCAUAAUUUAUUUCAAUCUUAUACAGCAAAACAUCUCAUAAAAUGAAAGGAAAGCUAACAAAUUGUUUACAAAUACUGCUGCAUUUCUUGGUUAUUAAUUUCUCAGGACUGUGGGGAGCAGGUUAUUUAAGGAAACAGACUUUCCCACAUUAACCUAUUACAGUACCAAAGCUGCUUGUAUGUGGUUAGUAUCAACUGGUCAUUUUCACCAUUUCACUGUAGGCUAUACAUAGAAGAACCAUCCCUCUCAGCAGAAUUUAGCUUUACAUAGUGCCUGGGGAGUGAGUUUUUCUUCCUUACAGAGAUGGUGUAGAUUAUAAACCAGAUUAUUUUCAGCUGGAUAAUUGAAAAUUCAGCCACAGACUGGAGAGUCAUUCUGCGCCAGCAGAAACCAGCUGAAAACUUUUCCUGAUGGCCAGAUAUCAGAAAUAGACUUCUUUCAGGCAGGCAAGAAGAAAGAAGAAAAGAAAGAGGAAAACAAGGCUUGAGAAUGGGAGUUGUACCAAACAUCCUUAAAAUAAGUUAUGACAGGUGGGUUGAGCAGUCCUAUGUUGGGAGCCCUCCUCUGAAAUAUCUUUCUACAGCUUGUUUGCAUACUCUGUGCCAUGUUUAAUUCUUCUCACAUCUCAACAAUUGCCUGUGUGCUUGGAAAGACAACUGCUACAGAACGUGCACUGGGGACAGACAAAAGAUAAGCUUUUCCUGUAGUAUUUACAGCUUUUUACCUAUAUUUGACCCUCAUUGACAGAGGAGAGCCAUAAGCCACCUGAGAAGAUCAGAAGAGUUCCUCUCACAAGCAAGACAAAGCUACACCUUUUGCAUCCAUCCAACACUGAGGAGGAAGCUGUCUGCAGCAUUGUGGAUAGUUGGUUCAGACACCUCAUGCUGCACUGAUUCCUGAACUCCUGUGCCUAAGUAACAGGCAACACCCAAGGCCCUUAAAAUUUGUCAUUUUUCUUUGGGUAUCUCAUGAUUAAAAAACAAUUUUCCACCACUAAUCACCGUGAAUUCCUUCACAGAGAAGGGUGGAAAACUGCAACACGCACAGUGAGAUAUUCGAAUGUCUUAUCUUCUGCUAAAGUAUUGUCAGUUUUGGAGCAGAAUAAAUGUAAGUGGACUUAGCACUA